UUUCUGUUUCAUGUGACCACAGAGCGUCCACCCUCUCUGCUGAUAUAAAACCGCUCUCUGCUCUUUCUUCUUCCUUUCCUCCUCGUCAUCAGAGAGCUUCCUGAAGCAACAGCAGAGAACUAGUAAACUGCUCCAUCCUGAAGCUGCUGUGAAGCUGUUACCAUGGCAACGAACAGCUCGUCCAAAUAUAAUGACAUCAUCUCUAAAAUUGGUCUGAUCCAAUCAGGAUCUCCCGCUGUCUACCAGCUGACACCAAAGAAAGAGAAGAUUGGAACUCUAACAAGAAUGACUCUUGGUGAAAAAGAUCUGAACAAGACAAACAGAACCAUUUUACUUGUUGGUGAAACAGGAACAGGAAAAUCUACUCUGAUCAACGCUCUGGUCAACUACACCAUGGGAGUGAAGUGGGAGGACGAUGUCUGGUUUCAGAUCGUAGAGGAGGAGAAGAGAAGUCAGUCAGAGAGUCAGACAUCAGAUGUGAUCGUUUAUCAGAUCUUUGGUUUUGAAGAUAAAACUCUGCCCUACUCUCUGACCAUCAUCGAUACUCCUGGAUACGGAGAUACCAGAGGGAUUGAAGAAGAUGACAUCAUCAAUAAAAGAUUAUUGGACUUGUUCCGCUCAGAGGACGGAGUCCAUGAGAUCAAUGCAGUGGGUCUGGUACUGAAAGCAACUGAGAAUCGACUCAGUGACAGAGUGAGGUACAUCUUUGAUUCAGUGAUGUCUCUGUUUGGAAAAGAUAUGGAGAAGAACAUUGUUGCCCUCAUCACUCACUCAGAUGGUCUGACACCUGGAAAUGUUCUUCAAGCUCUAGAAGAUGCAAACAUUAAAUAUGCCAAGAAUGAGGACAAAAAGCCGGGUUACUUCCUGUUCAACAACCACCAGAACAAACAGAAAACAAAGAGCAACACAGCUUUUUUAAAAAGUGCAUGGAGCUUAACAACGGACGGAAUGAGUCAAUUCACUGACUUCCUGAAAGAAACUGAACCUCAGAAGCUGAAAGAAACUGUUGAAGUGUUGAAUGAACGAAUCAGACUGACAGCCUGCAUCCAAAACCUGAAAGAGAGAGUUGAGUUUAUUGAACUAAAACAGAAAGAAAUCCAACAGACUGAGGAAGCUCUGAAGAAAUAUGAACAAGAGAUGAAGAACAAUGAGAAGUUCACUGUAGAAGUUGAUGAGGUCUACAAAGGUGAACAAUCUAUUGAUGGUGGGAUGUGGGGGUUGGUGUUUUAUCAAGGAGCUGUCUGCUGUAAAGUCUGUGAAGAGAACUGUCACUAUCCUGGAUGUACAAAGGCCUGGAAACCAGGACACUGUGUGGUCAUGAAAGAUGGUCGCUGCACUGUUUGUACCAGGAAGUGUCCUGUAUCAGCUCAUGUGAAAGAAAAGUGGAUCUAUGUGAACAAGAUAAGAAAAGUUCAGAAGACCUCAGAAGAAGUGAAAGAGAAGUAUGAAAAGAACAAGACAGAAAGAGAGAGCAGUUUGAGCAUUUUGGAAAAUCUUCAGAAGGAAACAGAAGAACUUCAGAAAGAUAAAGAUCAGUGGUUGGAAGAGUCCUUCCAGCAGGUUCUCAAACUGGAGCAGAUCGCCCUGAAUACUGAUUCACUGUCCACUCUUGUCCACUUGGACUUCCUGAUUGAGAAGAUGAAGGAGAAAGGAGACACAGAGAAGGUCCAGAAACUGGAAGAGAUGAAAAGACGAGUGGAUGAAGAUAAAGGAGUCCUGGCAGCGCUGAGUUACGGGUUCAGUAAACUAACAGCUGGUAAAGAGCUGAUGAAGUAAGUUCCAGCGUCACUGUGAGCUCUCAGUAUGAUGUCGUCCAGUACAACACUGCAGACUACAACCUUAAUAAUAAUCAUAUAUUUACAUUAAUGCUCUCUGACAGUGUCAGUCAAACCUGAACAUUAUUGAUCUGUUAAUGUAGAAUUUAUGUCUGAGCUGUUGUAUUGGACUGCAUUAGAUUUUACAGCUGUUCCUAAUAAAGUACCACUGAGUGCAUAUCUGCUAAUUAAUAUAUGAUAGUGUGUUAUUAACCAUUUAUUACUGCUGCUGUUACUGCUUUAUUCAUCAGCCUCUAAUGUACCAAUAAUUGUGUGUGUGUGUGUGUGUGUGUGUGUGUGUGUGUGUGUGUGUGUGUGUGUUUUACUUCCUGUUCUCUCUAAAAGUGACACCUUCACAAUGCACAGUCCAAAAUUAUUACAAAUACAUUUAAAUUAUUACAAUUAUUUAAAUUAUUACAGUUAUUUAAAGGACAAGCAGCAAAUUGGAGCCAAGCUGGAACCAUGAAAUGUUUUAUUUUUUAUUGAGCACUAAUAAUACAGGAUAUGUACAUAGAUACAACAUUCACAAAAGAACUGCUAAUAUCAUUAUUUUGUAUGAAUUAUUCUUCUGCGUGCAAGCAGUGUUGUAAAAGCAAUGAUGUUUUUAUAUCUUUUCCUUAUUGUAGAAUAAACAGCUUACAUCUGUGUUAGGGUUUAUUUAUAAGUCUGGCUUUGGAGUAGUGGAUGCAAUGUAAGAUCUGAAAUUGUAUUAUACUUAAUUUGGCACAUGAAGUGCGGUCAUUCACUCUUAGUAGAGCGCUUUCCCAAAUGUCUUCUUCUGGGUCCUCUCCCAGCUCAUCCACCCAGUCUACCUUGAUCUUUGCAAGAGUUGUAUUUUUAAAAGAAGAUAUACAGUUAUUGAUUCUUGAAAUAAGUCCUUUAAAGCUGAAAGUAGUUUCUAACAGAGCAUCUAAACCAGAAAGUGAUGGUAUGUAGUUGGGAUCAUGAUACUGAGGAAGUGGUGGACUUGGAAAUAUCGAAACAGGCUAGACCGAGGGAGGCCAAAUUUAUGUGACAAGUCAUCAAAGCUAGGGAAAAUAUUGUUUAUAUACAUAUCUUUAAAUUUAUAAAUGCCUUGUCUUUGCCAGAGAGUAAAUUCAGAGUCUAAUCUAGCUGGGAGGAAAAGAUGAGAGAUGGAGGUGAUUAUUGAACCUGAAGCUACGUCUAAGUUGAAACCAUAUUUUGAGGGGUAUUUAUGACUACUGGAUUGUUGGUGUAUUUACAGCAGGGGUCACCAACACGGUGCCCACGGGCACCAGGUCGCCCCCAAGGACCACAUGAGUAACCCGCAGGCCUAUUCUAAAAAUUAAAAUAUAAUAUUGAUAUUAUCUUGUUAAGUCAUUGUUGAUAAUUAUUAUGAGAAAUCAUUAACAUGAUCAGUGUCUUCACAUAGAUGAGUAUCAUUAAUAUAAUAAUGAAUUAAUUUCCUGUCAAUCAAUGAACUGUCUGAUAGUUUCAGCUGUACUUGUUUAUUUUCAUAUGUUUAGUGUAAAAAUAUGAGUUUGUAAAGUAAGUGAAGCUUUUCUCUGCCAUGUAAACAACUGGGACACAGCUAACAGCUCUGCCUUUAAAUGGAGUGAGGACGCCCCCUGGUGGUUAAUGUGGGGUACAACAGCUCCCUCCCUCCCCUAUAUCACAGACUAAACACAGUGGGGUCCUGUUGUUUUCUGCUUUCUGAGGGAUAUUCCUCUUAUUAUCAUGUGUUCUUCAGUAUGAUUAUGCUUUUGCUGCUAUGAAUAGAUGUGUCUGAUAUAUCCACCAUGAUAUCACAAUGUUUAAGCUGUUGGGAAACUAAAUCCAAGUCAACUCAUUAUAAAGGAGUUGAUCCUGGAGGGGGUUGAUACUGUACCUCUUCCUGUGUCUUCUGUCAGCGGGAUGUUUGUGUGGAGCACUUUAAGGAGGAGAAAGGAAGAGAAGAAAGGUCCAAUAACACGUGCAGUGAACUCAUGAACAUCCUGUUGUUGGCUCCAGUUAAUGUGUGUUAUCUCAAAGUGCUCCAAGAACUGAGGACAGACUGCCUCUCCUCACUCACAUCUGUGUAAUGCUGAUGAUGGCUCUGGCUUGCAACCAAUAAAGAUCCACUGAGAAUCUGAA